GCGAAAAAUAAGGGCGAGAAGUUCAAACUCGCCUGAGAAAGAAGAAGAAGAAGAAGAAGAAGAAGAAGAGCACGGAAGGGCCUUAAUCACCUACGAAGCACUCUUUCUCCUUCUCAGCUUAAUCAACCAUGACCACUUCGCGGCGACUGGCGGAUAGGAAGGUGGAGAGGUUCGAGAAGAACAUCAACAAGAGAGGUGCGGUGCCGGAGACGACGGCCAAGAAGGGCAAGGACUACCCCGUCGGACCUAUUCUCCUCGGCUUCUUCAUCUUCGUCGUUAUUGGAUCAUCUCUGUUUCAGAUCAUCAGGACAGCUACGAGUGGAGGCAUGGCCUAAAUUGAGCCCUGCUGCUUCUGCUGAGUUUACUAAGUUAUGAGAGAGGGAGAUGGAAUUAGAGAGAAGAAUCACUGUCGUGUCGUGUCGUUUUACUUGUUCUUUUUGUUAGCCAGUAGAGAAAAACAAUAUACAAGAAUGUGAUCUAGUACUAAGCUGUGGGGUUUCCAUCUUGUGAAGGAAAGAAAAAACUUCUGUUGUAGACCUUGUGUAAACGAAGAAGUUUUAAUAAUAAACUACCCAUUAUCUAA